UUAGCCUGUCUUCAUUAAGAGAAAUCCCCGAUCACAUUUGUUGGCGACGAUGGCAAGCUAAGGUCAUGCGUAGAUUUACGUCAUCGAGUCGCUCUUGCCGAACUGCGCAUGCGCAAGCUUUAAAUCAAAGGCAAUCCUUCGAUAUUAAGUUGUUUUUGACCUAAAUGAAAACGUGUCACUUUCACGAGGUUGAAGUAAUUACAUGUUCAACUGCUUAAAACAUUGACUCGAAACUAGGUUGUACCUCUAGAUUUCGAGAAUUUUAUUCAACCAAGGAAUCAUUUUUACCCUUCUGUCAUUGACUUGUCAAACCACGGCUUGGUCUGUUUCGCAAGUCUCGCGACCGUUGGGUGGAGUAAACAAAGACACACUACUGACUGAACGAAUAGGUUACCGAACUCUCAAUCGACCGAAAUGUCUCAACUACAAAUGUUGCGUGUAUUUUUAAAUGAGCGUUUAAUGGCGGCUGCUGUGGAGAUUUUCGGGGCAGUUGAGAAAACGGUAGUGGAGUACGAGGAGGAGAAUGAUCGGCUACGGAGACUUCUGCGGGUUACACCGGAGAUAACACUAUGCAGAAAAGACUCCCUGCAGCUCUCUCUCGCUGUCUCUGAAGAGGAGGUUCCCUCUGAGCAGCAGCACUGUGAGCAGGAGUGGAGCCACAGUCUGGGGCAGGAGGAUCUAGAGCCCACACAGAUUAAAGAGAGAAAUGAGGAACUCAGGACCAGUCAGGAGGAAGAGCAGCUUCAAGGGCUGGAGCCUGAUAUCAUAGAGUUCAAAUUCACUCCUUCCUGUGUGAAAAGGGAACGUGAUCAGGAAGACCCACUUUGGUCCUUGACUCUGUCCCAAACAGUGGAGAACAGAGAGUGUGACUCUAAACUAGUGGAUCCUAAACCUUUUGGCACUGUGACCCACCUAAAGGGUUAUGAAAUGCUCUGUGACCCUACAGAUAAUCAAAACAUUGUCUACAGCCACAGCUCAGCCUUAAGCAGCAACCCAGUAGGACUUGACAGAAGCCAACCAUUGGAUCCAAACCCACCAAUGGAGGAACACUGUUCCAAACCCAGCACCACAUCUAUAAAAACUCAUCGCUGCUGUGACUGUGGCAAAAUGUUUCCUCUCACAGCUGACCUGCAGAGGCAUGUGACUCUCGCCAAGAAGAGACUCAGCGAAUGUCACUUCUGCAAAAAACAGUACAUUUCCACCUGUAAACUGAAGGCCCAUGUCCGACUCUGUCACAGUGGGAAACCCUGCACCUGCCCCUUUUGUGGCAAGACCUUCAAACAAAAAGGAAAUCUGUCCAUGCACAUGAGGAUUCACACAGGAGAGAAACCAUUUAGCUGUGGUUACUGUGGGAAAAGCUUCAAUCACAAGGGAGACCUAAGAAGACAUAUACUGACUCACACAGGAGAGAAACCAUUUAGCUGUAAUUUUUGCUGUAAGUGCUUCAAUCAGAAGGGGGACCUAAGGAGGCAUAUACUGACUCACACAGGAGAGAAACCAUUUAGCUGUGGUGAAUGCGGUAAAGGCUUCAUACGCAAGGAGCACUUAACUGCACAUAUACGGAUUCACACAGCAGAGUAAUCAUUUAUCUGUGGUGACUGGGAAAAGCGUAAAUCAUAAGGGGAAGCUGAAUAUGUAUAUACGGACUCACACAGGGGAGAUAUAAUUUAGCUGUGAUGACUGCGGGGAAAGCUUCACUCAGAAGACUAACCUAACUGACCAUAUAUGGACUCAGACAGGAGAGAAACUAUUUAGCUGUGGGAAAAGCUUCAAUAAGAAGGUGGACCUAACCGAGAAUAAACUGAUUCACACAGGAGAGAAAUCACAUGGGUAAAUCACUGUGGUAAAAGAUUCAAGAAUAAUCUUCCGACACGUAAAAAAACAUCCACAAAGAAAGAAAACAGGAUGAAAACAUAAAGAUAAUCAGGAGAAAUAUAUCUUCUGUCAGCAGAUGGGUAUAAAAAGGCAGGUUGUGGACAACUCUUAGAAAAGAAACAAUCAUUCAUGCACUGGGUUUCAGAGAAAUAGAUACAUGAUGGAUUUACUUUUGUAAAAUGCUCUAUGUAAAUAAAGUUUGAUUUAAAUAAUGAGGAUAUUAACAAACAGUAGUGCAUGUAUUAUGGGAAUAUCACAGAUCUGCUGUUCAAAGUCGGUUGAUGUUUUCACGUCAUUAGAAAUAAGAAUUUCUGGUUUGUUUUGGAAUGUCUCUCAGGGUGAUGAGAAAAUGGUCUGACUAAUGUUAUUGAUUUAUAAAAAUGUAU